UUUGCUGCAGCUCUUGGCUGCAAACUAAGGCCGCCACAGCAGGGCGGAAAGAACGCGACAGCUCAUCGUAAGUUCCUUUCAAACAAUCGGCCGCCGAUGUGAAACAAAAGAAAAAACUGGCUUUCUGAUCCUGGUCCGUUUUGUGAGCCUUUCUUUCGCAACAAUUGAAAGGAAUGACGCAGCCAAAAAGCGACUUCGAGAGAAAGGGCCUACGGUGGCGACACAGCAGUUGGUAUGGAAAUGAGCCGGCGUACGACAAAAAAAAACUAUAAAGAAGACAGCUACUUCUUAGCAGCCAGCCCAAACAAGCUCAAGUAUGGAAAAACAAGUGAGAUGGCUUAUCAGGGCGAUACGCAGCGGUGCAGUGGCAGAGAAUAUAGCGACAAGGAGGCAGCAGGCAAGACGAGGGCCCUUGCAUCGUGGUCACUGCAGUUGGGGCAGACGCUGUCUAGAGACGAACGCGCGAGCAUGUCCGCCGAGAGAGAAUUCAGUGGGCGCCUUGCAGUGGUCACCGGAGGAGGCAGCGGCAUCGGUGAAGCUAUCUGCCAUGUGCUCGCCGAGAGAGGUGCCCGCGUCGUCGUAGCCGACAUCAAUUUCGAAGCGGCUCAAAAGGUCUCGAACUCCCUGCCUGGUGACAAGGACCACCGCGCAGUGCAAGUCGACGUGGGUGAAUCGACGUCCGUCGAGAAGCUGUUUGAGGAAAUGCAAGGGUUCAGUGGUGACACGCCGGUCAGCAUAGUCGUCAAUAACGCCGGCACCGGCGCUCGCUUCGCUUCAAUUGCUGACGCUAGCGAAGAGGACUUUGAUCGCAUAAUGAAAACGAAUCUCAAGGGAACAUUCCUUAUGAGCCGCGCAGGCAUCCGCCUGAUGCUGGCAGCGGGGGUGAAAGACGGAUCCGUGGUCAACGUGUCGAGCCUCGCGGCCAAGGGCGGUAUGAGGGGCAUUGCUAGUUACGUGGCCUCCAAGUCCGGCAUCUUGGGACUGACCAAGUCAAUGGCGCUAGAUGUUGCAGGCACGGGCAUCCGCUGCAACGCCAUCCUUCCCGGCUUCACGAAGACGCCCCUCUCCGACAACCUCACUGUGGAAGAGGAGCAGCAGCUUAUCGCUAGCAUCCCACUCAGUCGCCCUGCGCAACCACGAGAGGUGGCUCAGGUCGUGGCGUUCCUGUGCGGGCCAGAAAGCUCGUACAUGGUCGGCUCCGCCGUUGAAGUCUCAGGAGGUGCGAUGGUCUAAUAAAGGCGGCACCUACGCCA